AUGAAGCAAAUCCAGAAAUCACUCAUCGGGAUCCUUUCCAUCCACAUUCUUCUUUGCGUUUCUUCAGAAGCAAAUGAGGCCAUACGAAUAAUUGCAACAUCAGUCACCGAGUCCUCGACGUUACCCGCAACUGAGUCCACAAAUUCAUCUACAACUGAAUCCACAACUAUCUUCAAAACCGAUUCUGCAGAUUUCACCACAACCGAGUCUUCAAUUUUAACUACAAAUGAGUCCACAAAUGUAACCUCAACCGAGUCUGAGAGUUCAACCACUACGGAGUCCUCAACUUUCCUCACAAGUUCCAACACAACUGAGUACAUGACUUUAACCACAACUGAGUCCGCAGCUGUCCCUUCAACUGAUUCUUCAACUUUAACCACGACUGAGUCUACAACUAUCCUUUCAAUCGAAGCUUCAACUUUAACCACAACUGAGUCCGCAACUUUACCCACUACUGAGUCCUCAACUUUCCUCACAAGUUCCAACACAACUGAGUACAUGACCUUAACCACAACUGAGUCCACAAAUUCAACUACAACUGAACCCACAACUGUAAUCUCAACCGAGUCUGAGAGUUCAACCACUACAGAGUCCUCAACUUUCCUCACAAGUUCCAACACAGCUGAGUACAUGACCUUAACCACAACUGAGUCCACAAAGCCAACUACAACUGAACCCACAACCGAGUCUGAGAGUUCAACCACUACGGAGUCCUCAACUUUCGUCACAAGUUCCAACACAGCUGAGUACAUGACUUUAACCACAACUGAGUCCACAAAUUCAACUACAACUGAACCCACAACUGUAACCUCAACCGAGUCUGAGAGUUCAACCACUACGGAGUCCUCAACUUUCCUCACAAGUUCCAACACAGCUGAGUACAUGACCUUAACCACAACUGAGUCCGCAGCUGUCCCUUCAACUGAGUCUUCAACUUUAACCACGACUGAGUCUACAACUAUCCUUUCAAUCGAAUCUUCAACUUUAACCACAACUGAGUCCGCAACUGAAUCCACAGCUUUACCCACAACUGAGUCCGCAACUUUAUCCACUACUGAAUCCACAGAUUUACCCACUACUGAGUCCUCAACUUUACUCGCAAGCUCAAACACAAGUGAGUACAUAACUUUAACCACAGCUAUCCCUUCAACUGAGUCUACAACUAUAACCGCUACAUGGUCCACAGCUUUACCCACAGAUGAGUCUGCAACUUUAACCUCUACUGAGUCCACAACUUUAAAAGCUACUGAGUCCACAGUUUUACCCACAAAUGAGUCUGCUACUGUAACUGCUACUGAAUCCACUACUUUAACCACUACUGAGUCUACAGGUUUAACCACACCUGAGUCUGUAACUUUAACCACUACUGAGUCCACAGCCUUACUUGUUACUGUGUCUACCACAACUUUAAGUGUUACUGAUUCUGCAAAUUUGUCUUUAACUUUAACUGCUACUGAGUCUACAGCUGCAGCCACUACUGAGUCCACAGCUUUGCCCACAACUGGGUCUGUAACUUUAACUACUACUGAGUCCACAACUUUAAUAACUACUGAGUUCACAGCUUUACCCACUACCGAGUCUUCAACUUUAACAGCUCCGGAGUCCACAGCUUUAACCACUACUUACUCCGCAACAUUAACAGCUACUGAGUCCGCAGCAUCACCCACAACUGAUUCUGCAACUUUAACAGCUACUGAAUCCGCAACUUUAACUGCUGCUGAGUCCACAGUUUCAGCCACUACCGAGUCCACAGGUUUAACCACAACUGGGUCUGUAACUUUACCCAAUGCUGAGUCCACAGCUUUAACCACAAGUGAAUUUUCAACUUUAACCAAUACCGAGUCCACAGCUUUACCCACAAAUGAUUCUACAACUUUAACCCCUACUAAGUCCACAGCUUUACCCACAAAUGAUUCUACAACUUUAACGGCCACUGGGUCUGCAAUUGUAACUGCUACUGAGUCCACAGCAUCACCCACGUCUGAUUCUGUAACUUUAACUGCUACUGAGUCCACAAGUUUAACCACAACUGAGUCUGUAACUUUAACCACUACUGAGUCCACAGCUUUACCUGUUACUGUGUCCACCACAACACUAAGUGCUAGUGAGUCUGCAACUUUAUCCACAACUGAGUCUUUAACUUUAACUGCUACUGAGUCCACAGGUUUAACUACAACUGAGUCUGUAACUUUACCCAAUGCUGAGCCCACAACUUUAAUUACUACUGAGGUCACAGCUUUACCCCAUACAGAGUCAGCAACUUUAUCUGCUACUGAAUCCACAGCGUUACCCAUAAAUGAGUCUUCAACUUUAACAGCUCCGGAGUCCACAGCAUUAACCACUACUGACUCCACAACAUUAACAGCUACUGAGUCCACAGCAUCACCCACAAUUGAUUCUGCGACUUUAACAGCUACUGAAUCCGCAUCUUUAACUAUUACUGAGUCCACAGCUUUACCCACAAAUGAGUCUUCAACUUUUACAGCUCCGGAGUCCAUGGCUUUACCCACUACCGAGUCAGCAACUUUAUCUGCUACUGAAUCCACAGCGUUACCCAUAAAUGAGUCUUCAACUUUAACAGCUCCGGAGUCCACAGCUUUAACCACUACUGACUCCACAACAUUAACAGCUACUGAGUCCACAGCAUCACCCAAAAUUGAUUCUGCGACUUUAACAGCUACUGAAUCCGCAUCUUUAACUCUCCGGAGUCCACGGCUUUAA